AUGACCUCCCACGCUCAUGCAAGAACAGUCUACACUGGAAGCACAGUGCCCGCUGCGUUUUCCGCGUUGCAUCUUCUAAGGAGUUACAGCCUGUUCGCUCCAUCGUCAGAGUUGUGCAGAUACGAGCCGUGCAAUUCUAGAGACUACAGUUUUGGAGAUCCAGAUACUCUAGCAAGCUCCACUACAAGGGACAACAGAAUUGGUCGAACACCAUCACCAUUAACAGCUUCAACGUUGUCGACGGCGUUCUCCCUUCCAGGUUCCUUGCUUCAACCUCCAUUUUUAACCACUGUUCCGCCUUUGGUGCAACCCAUAAGCGUACCCCAGCCGUUUCCCACUGUUAAUACAGGUAGCACGAUAAGUCGGCACUUUCUGGGCACAAAUGGAAAUACAAAUGCUCAGCGACGACCUAGAAGCGAAAAAAAACCGAUUCCCGACGAUCAGAAGGAUGAAAAGUAUUACGAGAGACGUAAACGUAAUAAUCAAGCCGCAAAAAAGUCUCGGGAUGCUCGUAAAAUCCGAGAAGAUCAUAUCGCAUUACGGGCAACAAUGCUGGAGCACGAGAAUGCAAUUUUGAAAGCGCAAAUAAUAACGCUUCGCGAGGAGGCGCAGUCUCUCCGACAUAUGUUAAUUAAACAACAGCCGUCAGCGUUACAGUCUAUCCAACGCUCUAUCACCUCGAUCACACCUGUUACACUAUCAUCCCCGAACUCCACGUCAACUGUGGAUUGUCAGAUCUGA